AUGCGGUCUGUUUUAAUUACAGGUUGCGGAAAGGGGGGUAUCGGAGAGGCAUUGGCUCUCCAGUAUCAGGCUCGAGGUUGCACUGUUCUGGCCACCGUUCUUCCCUGGGAAUCCAAAGACCAUCUUUCCUCGGUCGGCAUCACUUGUUUGGAGCUCGACGUGACAAAAGAUGAGUCCAUACGAGCCUUGCGCAAAGCAGUCGAGGAGAAGAUUGGAGAUCGACUCGAUAUUCUGGUGAACAAUGCUGGAAUCUGCUAUACAAUGACCGCCAUCGACACUGAUAUUCAGGAAGUGCAAAAGAUGUUUGACGUCAACCUCUUUGGACCAAUUCGGAUGGUGAAUAUAUUCCAUUCAUUGCUGAUUCAAGCCAAAGGAUGUAUCGUCAAUAUCGGCUCUGUCGGGGGAAUUGUGCCCUACACAUAUGGCUCUUCAUACAACGCCAGCAAGGCUGCACUGCAUCACUGGGGAAAUACACUGCGAGUGGAAAUGAGUCCGUUGGGGUCUAUUAUAUCCGGCAAUAUUGGAACCAACAUCCUCAGCCGUGAUGCAUCGCGCACUCUUCCCCCAGAUUCAUUCUACGCUCCGCUCAAGAAGGAAUUCGAAGCGCACGUUCAACGCGUACCUAAUACAACGGAUCGCAUGGUGUAUGCCAGAUCGGUAGUGCAGCAGUCACUAAGAACAUGUCCACCUGCCUGGCACUGGGUAGGCAAUACCUCUACCAUUGUGUGGUUUAUGGAUAACUUUGCUUUUCGCACUGUUUGGGACUACGUGCUAUGGCCUGUGUUCCACAUGGGGAAAUUGAAGAGCACAAUGAAAUCCAGAUCGAUCUAG